AUGCCGGCGGUGCCGGACUGCCCCUGGAGCAGGAUUCUGCAGGCUGCCGGCAGUGCCGGACUAUCCCUGGAGCAGGAUUCUGCCGGCACGCCGGCAGUGCCGGACUGCCCCCUGGAGCAGGAUUCUGCCGGCUGCCGGCAUGCCGGCGGUGCCGGACUGCCCCUGGAGCAGGAUUCUGCAGGCUGCCGGCAGUGCCGGACUAUCCCUGGAGCAGGAUUCUGCCGGCACGCCGGCAGUGCCGGACUGCCCCUGGAGCAGAAUUCUGCAGGCUGCCGGCAGUGCCGGACUACCCCUGGAGCAGGAUUCUGCCGGCACGCCGGCAGUGCCGGACUGCCCCUUCUGCAGAAUUCUGCAGGCUGCCGGCAGCGCCGGACUACCCCUGGAGCAGGAUUUGUCGGCACGCCGGCAGUGCCGGACUGCCCCUGGAGCAGGAUUCUGCAGGCUGCCGGCAGUGCCGGACUACCCCUGGAGCAGGAUUUGCCGGCACGCCGGCAGUGCCGGACUACCCCUGGAGCAGGAUUUGCCGGCACGCCGGCAGUGCCGGACUACCCCUGGAGCAGGAUUCUGCCGGCACGCCGGCAGUGCCGGACUGCCCCCUGGAGCAGGAUUCUGCCGGCUGCCGGCAUGCCGGCGGUGCCGGACUGCCCCUGGAGCAGGAUUCUGCAGGCUGCCGGCAGUGCCGGACUAUUUUCCUGGAGCAGGAUUCUGCCGGCACGCCGGCAGUGCCGGACUGCCCCCUGGAGCAGGAUUCUGCCGGCUGCCGGCAUGCCGGCGGUGCCGGACUGCCCCUGGAGCAGGAUUCUGCAGGCUGCCGGCAGUGCCGGACUAUCCCUGGAGCAGGAUUCUGCCGGCACGCCGGCAGUGCCGGACUGCCCCUGGAGCAGAAUUCUGCAGGCUGCCGGCAGCGCCGGACUGCCCCUGGAGCAGGAUUCUGCAGGCUGCCGGCAGUGCCGGACUACCCCUGGAGCAGGAUUUGUCGGCACGCCGACAGUGCCGGACUACCCCUGGAGCAGGAUUCUGCCGGCAUGCCGGCGGUGCCGGACUGCCCCGGACGCAGACACGAGACAGUUUUUGGACAGCAGUGGACUCGAGAACAUCUGCAACAGCGCAAUUGUGACGUUUGCCAUUGAUGGUUGA